AUGUCGGGGGGUUUCUUCCGAGGGACCAGCGCGGAUCAGGACAGCAGAUUCUCCAACAAGAACGCGAAGCUGCUUAAAACGCAGAAGUUCGCACCGGAGCUUGAUGAGCCGGUGGACAUGAGCAAGGUGAAGAAGGAGGUGAUGCAGCCAUGGAUAGCCAAGAGGGUGACAGAGCUUCUGGGCGUGGAGGAUGAAGUGCUCAUCAAUUUCAUCUACAGUCUGCUGGAGGGCAAGAAGGUGGACGGCAAGCAGGUCCAGAUUCAGUUAACCGGGUUCAUGGAGCGCCACACGGCGCGCUUCAUGCGCGAGCUCUGGUGCCUGCUGCUCAGCGCGCAGGCCAACGUCAGCGGCAUCCCGCAGAAGUUCCUCGACGAGAAGGCGGAGGAGACGCGGAAGAAGAAGGAGGCGGAACAGCGCAUUCUGUCGGAGAUUGGGCGCAAGAAAGGGAUGCAGCAGGGCUCGUUGCUGGGCCCUGGCACGGCCACUGCUUCCAUCCCGGGUGUGGACGGUGACGCGGGGCGAAGUGCUAAGCGUGGUGCAGGUGCGGGUAGGGAUGGGGGCAGGGAUGGGGGAAGGGAUGGCGGAAGGGGUGGGGGACGGGGUGAGGAUAGGGAUGGGGGAAGGGGUGGGGGGAGGGAUGUAGGCAUUCCAUCCCCUGAUGCUGAAGGGAGUGAGGGCGACGAGCCGAAUGGCCGUCUGGGCGCUUUCGACAAGUCUGGUGGCAGGAGGGAGAGCGAAGGGCGACGGGGGAGGGGUGGGGUUGAGGAGGAGGGGGAUGAGGAGGAGGAAAGGUGGGGCGCAGACGGGGAGAGGAGGCAGGGUGACAGGGGCAGGUAUGUCGCGCGCACGGGGGAGGGGAGUGGGUACGAGGGGCGUGCGCGUGAGAGGCGAGACGAGGAGAGGGGGGCAGGUAGAGGGGAGGGGCGCGGAGGGCGGAGAGCAGCGUACGAGGAUGAAAGGGGCGGGGAGAUGCGGGAGGGGCUGAGGGGUUUCAGCAGCAAGGGAUCUAGCAGCAAGGGGCCUAGCGGUAGGGAUGAGGCAGGUGAAGAUUGGGAGGAGGAGCGGGGUGCUGGUGCUGGUGCUGGUGCUGGUGCUGGUGCGGGCUCUCGUGCCGGUCCUGUUGCUGGUGCACGUGAUGUGCGUAGACCAGGUGACAGGUAUGAGGAUCGGCGGGAUAGGAGGGAUCCGAGGGCUGUGGAGCAGGGCGAGAAGGAAGAGAGGGGGGAAGAGGAGGAGGAGGAGGAGGUGGGGGGUAGUCAGAAAAAGUCUCGCAGCUUCCACUCUUCCCAAGAACCAUCUGCCUCUCCCCAAGAUGCUUCCCCUCCCUCAUCUGCUUCUCCCUCCCCCCGGCGCCCGACAAGAGACGCCGGGGCACGAGCGGACGGGCAGGGAGGUCAGAUGGGUGGGGAGGGGUUUGGAAGGGUGGGGAGUGAUGACUGGGAGGAGGAGGAGGGUAUGAACAGUGAGGAGAGGCGGGAGGCGAAGCGGAGGAGGAAGGAGGAGAAGAAGGCGCGUAAGGAGGAGAAGAGGAGGAGGAAGGAGGAGAAGCGGCGGCGCAAGGAGGAGAAGCGUGCAGCGAAAGAGGCACGGAGGGGCAUGGGAGGGGAGGAUCGGGGGAGCAGUGAGGAUGAGGAUGAGAGACAUCAGGAGGGCGGGUUGCCCCGUGGUGCGGGAGGAGGUGGUGCGGGAGGAGGUGGUGCGGGAGGAGGCAUGGGCUCGUUCGCAGGUCACAUAAUCCCCGGGACGCUUUUCCUCCUAGUGGGGCUGUGGCACCUGCGAUGCAGCAUCAGGAACUACCUCGCGGCACCGCGAGCCUUCGUGUCCCGACUAUGGCAUCCCGCGCCGCUACCCGGCCACUGGGCGCGGCUCGAGCUGUACAUUAUAGUAGUGGGGUCGUUCCUAGAUAUGGCUUUCGUUGAGCUCGGAGUCGGAACGGGGUUCCAUCCGAUCGAGAACGGUGGAGUCGCGCCCGGCCACCUAAAUAACUUCGAGCACGCGGCGAUGCUGCUCAUGUUCUUCCUGCUCGGCUGCGCCCUUCUCAUCAGCGAAACCACCAGCCUGCUCCCCCUCCCUCUGGGCGCGUUCCACGUGUUAGCAGCGCUCGCAUUCUUCUGUGAGGGCAUGCUCUUCACCCUCCACUCUACGGCUCAUCACGGCCUCGAGCCACGAUACCACAUGCUGCUUGCCAUCGCCAUCGCCGCCUGUGCUAUCUGUGCUCUUCUGGGGGCUGCCAUGCCGCACUCCUUCCUGCUCGACGCCGUAGGGAAUGGAGCGAUCGUGAUGCAGGGGCUCUUGUUCUGGCAGACCGCCAUGUCACUGUAUGGCCCUAUGGUCCCAGCAGGCUGCUACCUGGGACCUGACACCGUGCACUGCGACUCCGAUGCAAAUGAGCACCGAGCCAUGGCCCUUGCUGUGCUGCAAUUCAUCGCUCUCCUCGCCUGCACCCUCGUGCUCUCACUCGUGUAUUACGGCGCGGUUGCGAGAACGGUCGCGCUGAUUUUCGCUUCAUGGAACCUUUUCUGCGCCAUUCGCGCUUACCUCGCCGCGCCGCACGCGUACGUGGCACGUGCGUGGCAUCCGGUGCCGAUUCGCGGGCACUGGGUGCGGCUCGUGGUGUACGUUCUUAUCUGCGGGGCGUUCGCGCAGCUCAUGGAGGGGCUCUCGCUGGGACUUCUGUCUGCGUUUCAGCAUAGAUUUGAAAUCAUUCAAUUCGAGCACGCCUUGCUCUUUGCUGUCUUCGUUACAAUAGGGCUCAUCUUCCAUGUACAUGACACAACCAGUCUCCUGCCUCUCCCACCAGGCUCCCUGCACAUCCUCUACGCCAUUGGCUUCUUCAGCGAGGCCAUUCUCACCACCUUCCACUCCAUCUCCCACAAGGGUCUCGAGCCCCGCUUCCACCUCUUCCAAGCACUCGCUGGCGUCAUCUGCUUCCUUCUCGCGCUCCUCGUCGCCGCCUUCCCCUCCUGCUUUCUCCUUGACGCUAUGUUCCUCUCGGGGUUCCUUUUCCAAGGCCUCUGGCUCUGGACCAUGUCUCUGUUCCUCUAUGGAGUGUUUCACUUACCGGGUUGUCGCAAUGUGGAUUACAAGAUGGUUAAGUGUGACACGGAAGCGGAGGAGCAUCUGGGCAUUGCGCUCGCAGGUGUUCUUUUUAUUGCUGUGCUCGUCUUUACCAUGCUCCUCGUCCUUGCUCUCUAUGCCAGGGCUGCUCGAAAGGCUCCCCGUUCGUCCAUAGACUACAUUCUUGCAUUGUCUCCUAACCUCAAGGCAUCUCAAAUGGAAGCUGCCUCCAGGAACAUUGGGGCAGGGAUUGACAUAAAUGGGGAAAAAGAUGUGCAGCGUGAAGGAGCAGCAGCAGCAGCAGCAGCAACAGUGGGUCCUAAAGUGCCCCUCACUCAUGCUGUUGUGAACAUCGAGAGUGAAAGUGAUGCUUUGCUGGGUGGCAAAGUUGAUAUGUGA